CACCAAACUGCCUGCAGUUGGCAACCUACCAGUCCAAAAUGGCAAAUGACAGAAAGACGAAUUGGGGACGCUGAUAACCAGUGAAUGUGAAGCAAGUCACCAUUGUUUGGAGCCGCAGCACUGGGUCGGAAUGACAUGGAUGGUUUUGUCAGCAGCAGACAUUGUUCCUGAGACUGGAAUACAAUUAACUCCUGCCUACUCCCUCUUCCCAGAUGCCACCCAGUGUGCCAGCAGCACACAGAGGCUUCUGCACAAUCUCAGCUCUGCACUUUUCCAGCAAUGGGGAUCCUUUGGUUCACGCUGCUCUUCAUCUCCCUUAUGGGUCAUGGAGAUGCUCAUGGACCACUAGGCUGUAAGCAUGAAGGGGGCGCGUGCCACUGUAGGCAAGAAAGGGGCUUUUGCCGACUUGGAACCUGUGAACCUGGUGAAUAUCUGGCUAAGUACUGCUUUGAACCCAUCAUUCUCUGUUGCAAGAAUCUGACAUCCCCCAGUGCAAAGAACUGAAGGUUUCCAAAGGAGCAAACUGCAGCACAUGGAGAGCUGCAGGAAUGAGGAAUGAUCUGCUGUUGGGAAAGAAAUCUUUUGCCUUUCCUGUCACUGUUACUCUUCUGGGAGAACAGGGCUGUGGAAUCACUCUGAACACAUCACUUCUUGCUUUUAUUGGGACUUUCUAGGAAACACCAUGAAAAGAAUAAAUUUGGGCCAUCUAGGCUACUUAUCACCCCUUUUGGCAUCUGGUUGUUACCUGUCAUGCAUAGGUGACAAAUUGCCUUCUCCUUACCUGAAAGCAAUAAACAUGAAGUUUAUG